GCGCAUGCGCGGAGUUUGAAUGGGAAUUCAAGAUGGAAGAUGUUUUGAAUAUUUUUUUGUUUAUUGACGUUGGUGUAAAUUAAUUGGUUUUUUUUUGUUAAUCAAUUGAGAGAAAUUUUUUGGCGGUAAAGUUUGACGUUUAUUUGAAAAUUUGAAUUUUUUUUUGAAACGGGUUUUUAUAAUGGAAAUUUGUAAACUGACACGUGUGGGGGUUAGGUUACUAAAUAAUAAAAAUUUAUAUAUAAAUUUUUCCAAAUCAAUAUCUACAGUAAAAAUACCAAGUCCUAAUUUAGACACUUCAUACAUUUGCGAUCCGAAAAAUCGUACCUUGAUAUCCGAGAACAUAAAACACAGAAAAGGAGUCGGAGACAUCGACAAAGUUCUCCAGCUGUCUAAAGAUCCCGAUAAAAAGGAUGAAUUUCUCAAGGAAUUGUCUAGAAUUCCCAACAAAACGGACCCGCGUGUUCUCAAGUACGGCGAAGAGGGGAAGAUUUUAUCCGAAACUCCUCUCCGAACUUACGAUUUCCAGCCCCAGACAUUCAUAGAACUCGCCAAGAAUCUCAAGCUCAUAAGAAUCGAUCAAUUGGGACCAGUUUCCGGUCCCAAAAGUUAUAUUUUGCUUGGCGAUCUCGCGCAAUUGGAAGAAGCGCUGGUCCAGUUUUCUGUUAAGAGACUUUUGGAAUGCGGGUUCAGGUGCAUCAGUGUACCGGACAUUUUACCCAAGACUGUAAUUGAAAGAUGCGGAAUGAUUGUCGAUGGAGAUCACACUCUUAUUUACACUCUAGACAAAGCGUAUGGAGAUGUCUGUCUAUCGGGAACUGCGGAAAUGGCUCUCGCUAUGCAUCUGAUGAAUAAGGAAAUUAAUGAAGAAAAAUUGCCAGUUAAAUUAGCGGCAGUCAGUCGAUGCUUCAGAGCUGAGGCCUCUAAUAAUGCUGAGGAAUCAGGAAUUUACAGAGUUCAUCAGUUUACAAAAGUCGAAAUGUUUGCGUGCGCAAGUGAAAAUAAAUCAUCAGAAUUUUUAGAAGAAAUGGUAAAAAUUCAAGAAAAUAUUUCCAAAGAUUUAGGUCUUGGGUUCAAAAUAAUUGACAUGCCGUCACAUGACUUAGGCGCACCUGCUUACAGAAAAAUCGACAUUGAAGGCUGGUUGCCCGGGAAAAAUUCUUACGGAGAAUUGUCCAGCUGCAGUAAUUGCACGGACUUUCAAUCCAGACGUCUGAAUAUUAGAUAUAAAAAUAGUAAGAGUAAUGAGUUGAAAUAUGUUCACACGUUGAAUGGAACUGCGUGCGCAAUUCCUAGGAUGUUAAUUGCUAUUUGCGAAAGUUAUCAAUUAAAAGAUGGUAGAAUUGAAAUUCCUAAGGUACUUGUGCCGUUUAUGAAUGGAAAGACAAUUAUUGAGACUCAGAAAGUUGGUGACAUGAGAACUUAUAAAUAUAAGACACGGUAAUUAAUUAAUUGUUACAAA